CCGGAAGAGAUCCGUAGGAACCCGGAAGAUAACAGCGAGCUGUCAAAAAGCAAAAACGCAGACAUAGCGUAGCUUUUUCUUUUUUAAAAUAUUUAACAGUAAUGACUUUGCUUUGAAAGCAGACAGAAAACUAACGUGUUUACCAUGGUUCUCAGAGAAUUUUAAGUCGUUUGAAAGACAAAAGAGAUAUCGAGUCCCCGACGUUUCUCUGGUUGGAGUGCUGAAACAAGGUAGCUACCGCCACUAGCCUGGAGCUACAGUCCUCUACACCGGAGUUGUCCUCCAGAGCAGCACUAGCCUGGAGGUGUGAAUGACCGACGUCGUGUCGCCCACGGCCCUCAGCAAAGUCCAGCUCCGGCUCCUCUGCCACGAUGACAUAGAGAGCGUCAAGUUGCUCUGCGGCGAUUGGUUCCCAAUCGAAUACCCAGACUCAUGGUACCAGGACAUUACCUCCAACAAGAAGUUCUUCUCCCUAGCUGCCACCUUCAAAGGAGGCAUCGUGGGAAUGAUAGUGGCCGAGAUCAAAGGCCGGACGAAAGUACACAAAGAGGAUGGAGACAUCCUGGCUUCCAGUUUCCCUGUGGACACACAGGUGGCCUACAUACUCAGCCUGGGGGUGGUCAAGGAGUUCAGGAAACACGGCAUAGGCUCCCUGCUGCUGGACAGCUUGAAGGAGCACAUCUCCACCACCGCCCUGGACCACUGCAAGGCGGUGUACCUGCACGUGCUCACCACCAACGCCAACGCCAUCCACUUCUACGAGAGCCGCGACUUCCGGCAGCACCACUACCUGCCCUACUACUACUCGAUCCGCGGCGUGCUGAAGGACGGCUUCACCUACGUCCUCUACGUCAACGGCGGACACCCGCCCUGGACCAUUUUUGACUACAUCCACCACAUCGGCUCCACCCUGGCCAGCCUGAGCCCGUGCUCCAUCCCCCAGCGCCUCUACCGCCAGGCCCAGGCCCUGCUGCGCUCGCUGCUGCCCUGGUCCAACCUGGCCUCCAAGACGGGCAUCCAGUACAGCCGCACCAUGUGACCGCCGCCGCGCAGGGAGACCUCGUUGGAGACUUCCCUGGAUACACACACCUUCAUCCCCAUCAUCAUCAUCACCACACACACACACACACACUCACACUAUCACACAAGCUGAGAACCUGAGACUGGCAGGUUCAGCCCUGCCUUUCUUCCUGAGCGAACCUUCUACCUGUCCAUCACGUUCACCGGGAACGUGUAUUUGAUUUGUACAUCACUUAUUAUUUGAUAUGUACAUAUAUAUAUAUUUAUUCAUCGAAAUAUAUAUAAAUAUAUCAUGUCUAAAUGUAUAUAUAUUCUUUGCCAUGAGGAGUCCGACUUUGCCCUCAGUUUGGGCUCCUUAAGUGUCUGCUGUGAUUGGACAGCUGGGGUGUCGCUUCAUUUCAAAGGGAUCACAAGAAAGCUCGUGUGACGGAACGUCUCUUGAACACGGCCCGCGGACCAUGCACUGUCCUGGAGUGGGCCCCCGGACAAAGGCCACUAGACCAAGGGUCAACACAGCCCCUCUCACAGCAGGGCGACCAUGUUGUGUCUGAGAGGGACAUGCUCCCUCUUUAGGAGAAGUGAUCGGAGAGGAUCAAUCGCCUUCCUCCCCUCGCCCUCGGCUGUGUUCAGUCCUCAAACCCUGAACCUAACGUACACAGAGCAAGCUUUUGUUAUACAGUCAUGAUUGAGGCUUCUCCCCCCCCCACCCAGGUUUAAGUUCAAGCCUUUUUAAAAUCUUGCCUAAAAAUGCCGCACAGGAAGCCUUUUUAUUUAUUCUUUUAGAGAUGGUGACGGCAGGCCUAUAGGCUGACGUGUGUGUGUGUUGGGCGCGUCCAUGUGUGCGUCGCGUGUGUGUUUUGAAUGCAUGCGCCUGUGUACGUCGCGCGUGCGUGUGUUUGUAUGCGCGCGUCUGCAUGCGUGCGUGCGUGCCUGCGUGCCUGCGUGUGCGUGUGUGUGCGUACGUGUGUAUGUGAUCGGUCGCCGCUGUGCUGAUCUGCCUGACAUACUCUCCUUCAGACCGACCGACUCGCGGCAGCUCCCUCGGCCACGGACGGCCCGCGUCGACGCAGGUGACCCUGUGGUGGGGGAGCUGCCCUCGCUCCGAGGCCCGACCCUCUGGCGUUCGGGGCGCUAAGCUGGGCGCUAAGCUGGGCGUGGGCGUGGGAACACACCUCUCCCUAACCUCUUGUCCCCCACUGCUCUGUACGGUGUUUGCAGACAGGCCUAAUGAUGGGGGGGCUCAGAGAGGUGCUUUGGGUUCAGAUGUGUUUUUAUAAACCGUGUAAAUAAUAAUGUUGAUAGUAGAUACUUUAAGAUAUAUUAAGACUUUUUUUUUUAGAUAUUGGUUUUCUUUUGACAACUUGUUAAGCGUCGAGCCCACAAAUCCUUCAUUUGGUCCGAGAUGAUAAAAGCGAAGUUUCUGUCACGGAAAGAUAUACUGGGAUUUUCAUACGUUUUCUUUUUAUUAUGUGGACUAUGUGAGCGAUUAACAAUGUGAUACAAAUAAAUUAUUCCAAUAUCAGAAUUCCAGCUUUGUCCUUUUCCAUUAUUGACACUUUAUUUUGAAUCACUUUGAACACUUUAGAUUAAUAAUUCAUCAUCCAUUCGUCCUAUAGAUUAUUUGAGGAAUAGAUACCGCCCUCUGUCUGUUUAAAAUGCAAUUUGCCAUAACAUGCUGUUAAAAAACGCUGCACUGAGAGAGACUAAAAAUGACGAGUUAAUUGUUUAAUCAAUUAAGACUGCAAUCAUGCCGAGUAGCUGUGAAAGAAAAUCUGUUGGAUGACUUCCUUGUCCGACUUCAUAUAAGAUAGUUGUAUGACUUCAUUGUCCGACAUCAUAUGGUAGUGGUAGGACUACCUGGCCCGGAUUCUUCGUAAAGGUUGCCCGGUGGAAAAACCCUUACGUCAACCAAGUAGUGGACCACGCCCAUGAGGCUGUCCGCGUCAGCCAGACAGAGCCGAGUACGGUGUGAUCGCCUCUGCUGCUACUCUUUUGAUGCUGUUGUGGUGUCGUCAUUUCAAGCACAUAUCAACACCGUAACAGACGAACUACUACAACUACUGACCGUUAAGGACUUAACCCCUCUUUUCCCCAAACGCGAA